AUGGUUGAGCUUCAUGAUGAGAUGAAAUCUAUGGUCUCUAGCAUGCAACUUGGGACAGUUCAACAACAAUGCACACCUCAGGAUUCCCCCGUCUUUCCUAGCACUAAAGACAGUUGUAAUCCACCGGGGGCAUUGGGAGAGCAUGAUCCUAGUAGUCCCAUGCUGGACUUUGGACAACCUUGUUGUCUUCGUUUAGAGGUCCCAAGGAUGCGUGUUGUUGCUGACGCUCUCCUCUACAAUCAAGGGAGCACCGUCCAUCACCAACAAAUUCAAGAGGACCAAGUGAGGGUAACAGUUACGACUGUUCGAGAGGGAGAGACAGGAGCGGAUGUGCCAUUCCCGACUACUGGAGUUGUGAAGUUAGGUCAGGCAAUUGGAACUUUCAUUCUUUGGCCUAGACACCUUGUUGAUGAGAAGAUAAUACCUAUGAUGAAAGAUGUUGAUAGAUAUCCCUGCUUGGCACAAUUAUAUGAGGAAUAUAAAACAAUUAACAAGGUCAACAUAAAGAUGCCUGUAGGGAUUGUGGGGAAAGAAAAAUCAUAUUUCUUUAGACUUGACAACAAAGAUAUCAGGGAAUUCUUAUCUUUGAAGGAGUUGGACAUAGCAUGGCUUCAAUUAGCAAUCAUGGCUUUAAAGACUUAUUAUAUAACUGGUGGGAAGCGUUCUGGCAAAAAUGGCCCAACAACUUGGUGUGCUAAGCAACGAGGGUCAACAAAGUGUGGAUAUUACAUUAUUCGUUAUAUGUUUGAAAUUAUUGAGAGUGGAUGUACUACAAAAUUUGAUGAGAUUUUUGAUAAUGACUGCUCAUAUACUGUUGAUGAUAUUGACUUCAUCCGAGACCUUUUGGCACAGCAACUGCUUCAAGAAUGGAUUUCACUACUAGGAUGCAAUAAUUUUGGUCAGAAUGUCAUCAUUGGCAGCAUUGAUACUGGUGUUUGGCCAGAAUCGAGAAGCUUCCGAGACAAUGGAUACAGACCAAUACCAAGGAAGUGGCGCGGCGGAUCCAAAUGUGAGCUGUUCAGUUUGUCUGGCAUUGCAAACAGAACUCUUUGCAACAGGAAGAUAAUAGGAGCAAAAACCUUCUUUCAAGGCUACGAAACAAAAAACGGACCCCUUAGCUCAUCAACUGGAAUCAGUGCCCGUGACACUGUUGGCCAUGGAACGCAUACUUUGUCAACGGCCGGCGGCGACUUUGUGAGAGAUGUCAGCGUUCUCCGAAAUGGCAACGGCACUGCAAAAGGAGGAUCUCCAAAAGCCCGACUUGCAGUGUACAAAGUAUGCUGGGGCCGUGGUAAUUCUGAAGAGUGCACUGAUGAAGACUUGAUUAAAGCUUUUGAUGAAGCUAUCCAUGAUGGUGUCGAUGUGCUCUCUGUUUCGAUCGGCCGCAGCGCCGUCCCAAAUGUCAACGACAUGUUGACCAAUGGGAUCUCCAUUGGAUCCUUUCAUGCAGUUUCAAGAGGGGUUCUAGUUGUUGCCUCUGCUGGUAACGAUGGACCUGAGCUUCAAACUGUAUCCAAUGUGGCACCUUGGAUCUUCACUAUUGCUUCUGGCUCCAUUGACAGAGACUUCAGUAAUAAUAUUACUCUCAGUAAUGGCCAACGCAUGAAGGGGACCAGUCUUGCCACAAACUCAACAUCACGACAGUUAGUUCCUGUGCUAAUUGCUGGUAAUGCUAGGCUUCCUAAUGUGACAUUUGACGAUGCGGAUCAUUGCAAACCUGGAACACUUGAUCCAAACAAAGUAAGAGGCAGUAUAUUGGUAUGCCGGAGAGGAAGGAGCCUAAGGCCUGUGGACAAGGGACAAGAGGCAAAGCGUGCAGGUGCUUUGAAAAUGAUUUUGCAGAAUGAUAAGGAAUUGAAUACAGCUACAGCUGAUGCUCAAGUUAUAGAUACUUCCAAUGUUCCAACAUAUCAACCUCCAAAAAAGAAUAAAAAUAUAUCCCAGCAGGACAAAAAUCCUUUUGACGUCAAGAACCUUACUGCAUUCUUGAAUAACGCAAAAACAUUUAUCCCAGUAAAGCCAGCUCCAAAAGUUUCAGCAUUCUCAUCCAGGGGACCCAACUUGAUUCUGCCGUCAAUCCUCAAGCCUGAUGUAACUGCACCAGGUCAGGAUAUAAUUGCCGCUUAUUCAUCAGGGGCAAGUCCCACCAACCUAGAUUUAGAUGUAGGUCGCUUUGACUAUAACAUUCUAUCAGGAACCUCCAUGGCAUGUCCUCAUGUUGCCGGCAUUGCUGGCCUUCUCAAAAAUCGCCAUCCUACAUGGAGUCCAGCUGCUAUCAAAUCAGCAAUUAUGACCACAGCAACCACCCAGGAUAACGCCAAUGGGCCAAUUCUAGAUGAAAAUGAUGAUGAAGUAGCAACUCCAUUUCAUUAUGGUUCAGGACACAUAAAACCUAACCUUGCAAUGGACCCUGGACUUGUUUAUGAUUUGAAGGCUUCUGAUUACCUAAACAUGUUAUGUGCUUCAGCUUAUGAGGAAAGAAUAGUUGAAUCCAUUAAUAAUAAUAAGCCAUACAAAUGUCCAAGGUCUUACAGACUAGAAGAUUUCAACUACCCUUCUAUCACAUUGCCUUUUCUGAGUGUGAAACCUAUAAAUGUUACUCGCACAGUAACAAAUGUUGGGCCUCCAAGUACGUAUACUGUAAAUGUCAAAGCCCCAGCAGGAGUUGAAGUUGUUGUUCUUCCAACAACUUUGACAUUUCAGGGGACAAACCAAAAGAAGAGCUAUCAGGUUAUUUUUCAAGCAACACGUUCAGCCAAAACUUCAGAGCCUUCAUUUGGAGAGUUGACAUGGACAGAUGGCAAGCACAAAGUUAGAAGUCCUAUAGUAAUCCCUCAACAUGCAAAAAUGGCUCUGUAGAUUUCAAUGUUACCAAUCCAGUGUGUUGUGUGUUAAUCAGAUAGUGAGAGGUAGUGUUAGAGUGACUGUUUUCAGAUGUGUGGAUAUGCUGAACUAUGUUAUAAUUUAAAAAUGACGGUUCCUACCAGAAAAUAAACCCGCUAGGUCCUCCCAAGCAA